CUGAUUCUUGGCCACCUAAUACCUACUUCUCGAAUUUGUUCAUUGCUGAUGACUUGUAAAUAUUCUUAAGUAAGUUUGUUGGAGUUUUUAACCAUUUUCCGUACUUACAAAUCAUAAGUACCCAUAAAAUUUAAUAAGAUCAUAUUUUACAUUAAACAGCUACCUACUUUCGCUUUCACCCAUCGGGUACUGACAGGAAGCCUGUGUGUGUGUAUGACUAUCUGACAGUUUUCAGGGAUACUGGACUAAACAGACUCAAUGUGUGCCAUCAAUGUGUCCAAGUGUUACCGUCACUUUUUCUUGUACUCCCUGACGACUGUUGUAAUGAUCCUGACCUACAGUAUAGCCAUGAAUGAUUGCCAGACACCAUCCACAGAUUAUCUACAUUUUACAAGGAAUUUGACAGACCUUGACAGUGUUAGAGCCAGAGAGGUUAUUUUCCUAGACUGCUGUGCAUCAGGCUUCAAUACCAUCACAUGGUUCUUCAAGAAUAACAAUACCAAAAACCUCUGGAUUCCUUAUCCUUUUCUUUAUCAAGAGUGUAAUGCCAAUCAAUACUGCCCCAAGUUAGAUUCAAUAAACCAGACUUUGGAAAUUUUAAAGGCAACAGUAAGCUAUGAUGAGGGCUCCUAUCUUUGUGUUGUUCAUAACUCAAGCACUGGGCAAAACAUUUCACAUCAAGAGGAGCUAUUAGUGUAUGAUUGCACUGACAGGGUGAAACCUCUACCCAUUCCACCCCACAACGUUCCUACAAAUGUAGGACAGAAUGCCACAUUCCAGUGUGCUGCAGAUUUUGGCUGCAAACCUAGCUACGAGAGAGACGUCAGCUGGUAUAUAGGAACCACCAAUGUCCACGAUAUUGACAAGCGCUAUGUCGUUACCAAGGACAACAGAGAUUUUAAUGCAGUUGUGCAAGCAAACCUGACAAUCUUGAAUGUACAACAAAAAGACUUUGACCAGACAUUUUCUUGCUGGAUUGAGUCUGAUUAUGACAUAGCGACACCUAAAUUUUUUGUCAAACUUCAGAAAAAAGUUGUGCAGGUUAACAUAACAAUAAUCCUGGUUAUUGUGCUGCCAUGCCUUUUCUUCAUCGUGAUAAUAACCACCAGUUCUAAGGUUGUACAUCAUGUUUACGGGCCGCAGAUAAAGUUCUACUUCAGAUCUCGGGGUCUACUGGGAAGUCUGCCAAAAAUGGGAGGACAUGAUUUGCAUGCAUUGUUAGUCCAUGAUGACACCAGGAAGGAAGAUAAUGUCAUUGCUGAAGAAAUAACUAGUACUCUGAAGAAGGAGGGAUACAAGAUCACUCAGAUAGAGGGCUAUGGUGAAGGUGUAUUUUCACAUUUUGGCUGUAAUUUAGAGCGUUCAGCCUCAGUUAUCAUCAUUGACAUGGAGAACAAUUCGGAGGAUUCUAACAAAUUUCGUGUGUUUAUUGAGUCCAGUCUGAGAAAUAUGUCUGAAUCUCUGACUGGAUUUACUAUAAUUAAGCAAAGAGGAUUAGAGAAUUCACUAAUGGAUUCCGUGGAAUACAAGGGCCUUAAAAGACUAGAUUGGCCGGGAGAAGACUGUACAGAGAUGCAGAAACAGAGGUUUUUUAAACAACUGCAGCUGCGAUUACCAAAACCUUUCUGUCAUGGUAACUUGGAGGAAACUACACCAUUGCUUACUCCCCCAGUAUAGACAUGAUAGAGACAUCACUCUGCUGAAAUUAUAUGUUUAUGAUUUACUGUUAUUGUGAAAGUUAAGGUUAGCAGACAAACAGACAGAGGGAAAGACCAAAAACUAUACAAAACUAUAAAAAAUCACAUUAUAACAAUCACAUUAUAUUAUUAUUCUUUAUUUUGUAAAACUCUUGUGUAAAUCAACCCCUUUGAAUUAAUCAUACAAUACUGUCAUAACAUGUACUAUGUUUGCUAUAAGAGAUUUAACUUCACCUAAAAGUAUGCAAUAUAUAGCACCUUUUAGCACCUUA